GGAGAAAUAAGGGACCAAUCGAUUUGGAUAAACAAUGUGGUGUCGUUCAAUAUCCUAAGACUACUCCAUGCACACGCUCAUUGACUUGUAAAACUCAUUCUGUUGGUUCAAAACGAGCCGUUCAAGGUCGUUCAAGGAGAUACGAUGAGUUACUCGCCGAACAUCAAAAGAAAAAAGCUGCAGAACGUCCGCAAAAAGAAGCUGCAAUGUUAAAUAAUAGGCAGGAUAAUAAGAUCGAUGACUCGGAAAGAGAUGUCCCUGUAAUCGAUUCAGAUGCAGAAGUUGAUGCCGUCAUGGAAGCAACAAUGU